AUAUUUACAUGUUUCUACUUUUAAUCGGUUUUGUUUGGUUUAUUCGGUUUAAUCGGUUAUAUACCAAACCAUAUCCAAAUCCUACGGUUUUUAUAAAAUUAUAUCUAUUCGGUUUAUAUGGUAUAUACCAAAACCAAACCAUAUUGUCUAUUUCGGUUCGGUUCGGUACGGUUCGGUUUUACCAUAUUGAACAACCCUACAAAUGAUAUAUAAAAGAAACAUGACACUUUUUACGAAAGAUUUGCCAGAACUCAAAACUUGAUUUUAAAUGCAAAACUACAUCCAAACUUGAAUCAAAUGCAAAACUAAUCUAAAAGACUUGUGAAACUACAGACGUUUAUUGUGACCAAACAAAAAAUUAGAAUUCAUUUUUACGAAUAUAGUUCCGAAAAAUCUUCUGAGUCUUCUGACAUAGUGUAAGUCGUCUAUACGAAGUCCAUGGAAAUCUUCUGGUAUAAUUGAUUUUAAAAACAAUUUAUAAAUUUUGUAAAAAUAUUUUGAUAAAUGAAAUAUUAAAAUCAUGUAAUUAUAAACAGUUUUAAGUGAUAUAAAUUAAGAUAUAAUAAAACUGAAUUGUUUUCUACAUAGAUGAGUGAAAGUAGUGAAUCGUGAUAUUCUUUGGUUUAGGAUUUGGCAACAUAUGUUGUAGUAUUGUAUGUAUUCUUAUAGUUAGAUUUUGGAAAGCUUAAAUGUUUUUUUUGAAAAAAUAAAUUUUUAUCUAUAUGUGUCGAUUUCUGUAUAUAUUAAACUCUUUUUAAAUUUAAUUUGAUUCUAUGAAGUGUUUAGUUAGUUAAUUUAGUUUCGGGGUUAUGUUUAAGUCUUCUAGACGACUUCUAGGAAGUCGUUCAAACUGUACCUAAUAUUCCCGCCUAAAAUUUUACUAUUUUCUGCUCGAGUUUUACCAAUUUUUUUAAAGUUCCCGAUUAAACAUUGAAUAUUUUUUCAUUACUAUUAAAACCAAAUGUUUCUAAAACAUUAAACAUUAAGAGAAAAUACAUAGAUUAAAUUAGGAUCCGAAUGUUUACAAACCACGUCGCUGUUAAUGGUAACAAAAAUCUUUACAUAUACGUAUUUAUCAGUAUAUUUUCAUUACUAUUAAAACCACAAUGCAGUUGUUCCGCAAUUGUUUCAUGUUGCUAUACGGACCCUAAAUUUUGUUUCGGCUUUAUGAUUUCUGUUCGAUUUCUCACAUUUACUAAAUAAUGUUGGGAAUGGAUGUUUCGAGAUAGAAAUAUGUACUUAACUAUUAGUUAAAAUGAUAUGAUAAAGGACUUUAUAAUCAGUGUUCUGAAAUACAUUGCCACAUGAACCAUGACCGUGAAAGCGAACUAUAUGUAUUUUAAACUUGUUUUCUUAAUGUGUUUUAGUUUGGUAGAACUACAAACGCAUGCAAGUAUGAAAACCAUGAAAACUAUUACAUAAAUUUGUGUACUAUGUGGUAUUGGAUAAUGGAUACAGGGCUACACAUACGCGUAUGUCAUUGGAUAAUGCUCAUUGACGCCAACACUCUCGUUACGACGAGUUACGAGUACCUCGUUACUCGCGGGUACUCACUCGUAAUCUCAUGCUCAAGGAUCGGAGAAGCUUAAACUGGGAUUGUGAAUCAUGGAUAACUUGUUUGAUUAAUUCCAACAUGAGUUUGUUCAAAUGUUUAUAGCCGAGUUUCUUUUCAAUUAAAAGUCAAACUUCAAGAAAAUCUCACGACACUAAAAUCCUCUACCCCAAUCUCAUGACACAUCUAUUCUAUUAAUUUAAAGUCCUAUUUUUUAUCUAAUUAUAAAUAUUGUCAUUUAAAACUUGGACAUAUUUAUAUUUCACUAAAAAUAGAUAUCAAUACAUUUAAAAUAAAAUCUUUUUGAAAUUUUCUUAGUUUAUUUUCAAUAUUACAAACGUGCCACUCCUAUUUUUAUGGUUAACAACAUUAAUUUCAUCUUUAUUACUAUACAUCCGUAAAACUUUCACCAUUUACUUUCACAUAAAACUAUGGACAUUUCAUUGUAUUUAAUUGUUUCUUAUUUAUUCUAGCAUUUAAUUUUUUUCAAAGCCUAAUAGAGUUGAUGUAUAUAGUUGUGGUGUGUAAGAAAUAUACACCAACAUUGCUUCAGUUUUGACAAUUAAUAUAAAUUUAUGAUUGGUAAAUUAUAGUUAUACAACUAUAUGAUUUUUAUAAUAUAAUUAACCUUUAAAUAUUUUCAUAGCUUAGUGCUAUAUAAAUAUAUAGUUGCUAUAUUAUAUGAUUUUAAUUAAACAUAUUUUAUUCAGAUGUGGGUAACAUAUUAUAUCAUCAUUUCUAAAAUGGUUAGUUAUACUAUAAAAAUAUACUUUUUAGUAUAAUUAAAUUAAUAUUAAAAAUGUAUUAUAUACAAAAACAAUUAAUAACAAAGUAAAAUAUAUAAAAUAGAUCAUUAUAUAUUUAAGAAAUCUAAAUAAUAAGAUUAUAAAGUUUCACAAUAUAUAACACUUGAAUGUACAUUAUAUAUUUAAAACAUUUGAAAUAAUAUCAAAGUUAUAUAUUUAUAAAAGAAAAAGAUAAUCUGCACGGGCUUGCGAGUUCAAACUCUAGUCUAAUCUAUUAAUUUAUAAUCCUAUUUUUUUUAUCUAUUUACAAAUGAUCUAAAUUGGACCAUUACAUUUAACAUGUAGGCAUUUUAUUGGUAUUGUGCUAACUUUGCGAUAGAGGAUGCAUGCACCACACUAUCUCUAUCUCACCAAAGUUACUACAAUCUAAACGUUACAAAGCUAUAAAAAUGGUAGUACAAGAAAUUCAAACAAAUAAAUAUCAAUGCUUUUACCAACUCUAAUUGUGUUGGCCUAUUUGAACCGUUGUUUUAGCGUCCUGUGUUCCCAAACAAAUCCAUAGACCGUAAAUGUUAUAAGAGAAACUUUUGAUUUUCAUCAAUGAAAAAAGUUUCUCAGCUACACUAUGUUUAUUGUAAUAUGGUGGAAACCAUCCAGAAUAUGAAAAUGUGUCCAGAACUACAUCAAGUUUAUGUUAAUACAUGCCACAUAUACAAAGUAAAUAAAUAUAUGGUGGCAACAUCACAAUUGGGUUAAAUUGAUUUUAAUCAAAGUUAACGAGGUCAAUCCGUAAUAUAUUUAAAAGCGCCAGAUUGAAAAAUCCGACCGACCCAAAUCCUUUACCCACCCGUAAUGACUUACUUCUCUUGUUUCAAUCCUCAAUUUCGAAAAUUAGGGUUCAUACAAGAAAAAAUUAAUUAGGGAGAAACAGAGGUGACAGAUUGAAAGAAAGUAAAGGGAAAACAGAUCAUGGCUUGACGUGAACGUGUAUAAAUAUAACUCGACUUUUGCAAGUAAGACCUCACAAAGACAGAAGCUCUCGAGACGCAGAAAACAUAGAGAGAAGUAACGCAUACGUCAAAAACGCAAUACACGAAAGAAAAAAUAAAAUUUUCAGUUUUCUUUUGCAAAUCAAACACAAUAUGGUGUCUCAAAAGCUCGAGAUCUGCACCAAAUUACUGAAGACUGCCGUCUUUAUUGUAGCAAACGUGGCUGAAUCAGUAGAGCACUUCCGGCAGCUAAUGAUGGUCGCGCGCCGAAGUUCCCGUUCCUCUUGUUAAAUUCAUGUGAUGAGCUUUUUUUUUGUUGAACCUUUUUUUGAGUUUUGGCAUCGUUUAAGUUAGUAUCUCUCGUGCCAUGUGGUGUUUUGGAGGUUGUCAAUUUGUGUGUAUAUAUAAGUAUAACCAAAUGAAUCAUGAAGAUUUAUGAAGAGUUACAGAUGAAUCAAAUCGUCAAUGUUCAUAAAUUUGUUAUUUUAUUAUUGACAAUUUUUUUAAAAAAACUCAUCCAUUAUAGUAGAGAAUAGAAAAAUAAUAAUUUAAGUUUCAACUCUUUCUCUUUCUCUCAAUAUGUCACCUCUGUUUCUCCCUUAAUCGAUUUUUCUGGUAUGAACCCUAAUUUUCGAAAUUAGAGACUGAAACGAGAGAAGUAAUUUGACACGGGUGGGUAAAGGAUUUGGGUCGGGUCGGAUUUUUUAAUUCAGAGCUAACUUUAAUAUAUUACAGAUUGACCUCGAUAACUUCGAUUAAAAUCAAUUUAACCCAAUUAUGAUAUUGCCACCAUAUAUUUAUUUAUUUCGUAUAUGUGGCAUGUAUUAACAUAAACUUUGUGUAGUUAUAGACAUAUUUUGAUACUCUGGAUGGUUUCCACCAUAUUAGAGUAAACAUGGUGUAGCUGAAAAACUUUUUUCCUCACUCUAUCUAAAUCAUUUUCAAUUGUUACAAACUUGAAAAGAAUGUAUUUUCAAUCUAAUGCAACAAGAAGAGAAUUUAGCAUCACCUACCAAGCCGAAAUCAAGCCAAUCUAAACGGAUAAGAGAAUUCGUGUAGACUUUAGAGAGAGGCAGCUAGCUAACUAGGGCCCGGUCUUGUUUUUUUUUAGCAAAAAGCCCAUGUGGACUUAGGGUAUUUUAAGUGAAUUUUCUAUUCCAAAUAGCCUACUGUUUGGUUCAAAACAUUGAAAACCAAUUCUUUUUAAGUAAAGUCAAAAGUCAAAGUUCAUAUAUGCGUGGUGUGUGUAUGCAUAAACAUAAGAUACCGAGACGAAACUUGCACAAGUCAAACAACGACGUCUCAGUAGCCCUAUAUAUAAGAGUCAUCAUUGCAUUUAUUACACAUACAAACCAAGAAAAUACCCUAACCAAUAUCAAAAAGCUCUUUCUUGUUUUUUGUUUUGUUUUUUUCUUUAUUUUUCAUUCCAAGAGAAGAAAAAUCUAAGUAUUAUGAGGAGACAAUUAGUGCUCGUAAUAAUCUUAGUUGUUAUUUUCGUAGUUAUCUUGGACGUUACACAAGUUGAAGCCACAAGGUCUUUCCCGGUGGCCAUCGAUGAGAUCAGUCUGCUAUUGCAGGUGCUGCAAAGAGGUCCGGUUAGAGGCUCGGGUAGGAACGGUUGCACCCAUAUUCCUCGCGGCGGUUCAGGAAGGUGCCGCCACGGCUAAAGCUGUCACGCGAAACUUCUUCAUCAUUCUUUGAUUCUUUUCUUUUUGCAACAUUUGUAUGUUACGUACAUAGUUACAUAUACGUAGUUAUACAGUAGCUUUAGAUUUGGUCUCAUAUCAAUUGAAUUGUAAUCAACGGUAAUUUGAUUAAUACAAACAUGUUUUUUUACCGCUA